AUGGGAGAUUUAGAACUCGACGAGCUACCUCGAUCCGAAGAUCCUCGAUUGACUUUACGAUGUUUAGCAGAGCGGCUUGAGUGUUCUCAUACUACGCUGGAAAAACAUCUGAACGAAUUAGGCAAGACCUGGAAAUACGGAUUAUGGAUACCUCAUGAAUUAUCAUCACAUCAACUGCAACACAGAGUUGAUAUAUGAGUUGUUCAUUGGGAAUUUCUACCAAAUGGUUACACCAUUACUGCUGAUCUAUCAUCAUCAUCAUCAUGUCCCAUAGGCUUAGCGCCCGUUCGGGCCAACCAUUUUACGGGAUCAGAUUUUUCCACGCUCGUCGGUCUUGCGCAAGAUGGAACAGAUCCUGUCCACUGCGUUGACACCACUCUGUUAUGUCAUCCAGCCACUCUCUACAUGGACACCCCCGUCGAGACUUACCCUCUAUUUUACCAAAUACUACAUGUGCCAUCUCGUCUCUUGAUAUCCUUUUUCGGAUGUCUUCGUUUCGUACCAUAUCUUGCCAAUUUAUUUUUAGAAUUCGUCGGAGAAAUUGUGGAUAAUUCUCAUUCGGAUUUAUCAUCAAAAGAUGAAGUCUUAACAAAUUUCAAUUCUCUAUCUAUUGACUCUGCUGAUGAAGAAGACACAGCUGAACGUCAACGGACAUGCGGAACAUUUAUACCAUUGAUACCUGAGUUUAACGGUAAACCAGGCUUACAAGAUACGAUUCUAUUGCUUGGAAAAACACCACUGGAUUAUUUUCAUUUUUUUUUCGAUGACGAUAUGAUGAAGCGUAUAGUCGACGAAACAAAUCGCUAUUAUUCUCAGAAUCCAGUGGGUGAUCGACAGCACAUGUCUAGCUGGCAAGAUAUAACCUCAGUGGAAAUGUAUAUCUUUCUUGUAAUCACAAUUCUUACUGGCAUUAUCAGGAAAAAUACAAUUAAUGAUUAUUGGAGCACUGAUCCUUUAUUAUCCACACCUAUUUUUGGUCAGUAUUUUACAAGAAAUAGAUAUUUAGACAUUCUACAUUACCUACACUUUGUCAAUGAUGAUGAAAUUUCUGAAAACAACCGUCUCGAAAAGCUAAACCCAAGCAUAGAUCAAUUGAAAAAGAAGUUUUCCAGUUGUAUCAGUCCAACACAAAAUCUCUGCAUUUAUGAAAAUUUUAUCAUUUACACAGGAGCCAAUACAGAGUAUCAAAUUACACCUGGACUGAAAUUGAGUGGAUCUAUUGUAAUGACGCUAAUACAACAUUAUUUGAAUAAAGGGCACCACUUAUAUGUCGAUAAUUGGUAUACAAGUCCAGCACCUUUUGAACAUCUACAUCGGAAGAAAACUGGUGCAUGCGGUACUGUUCGCAAAAAUAGGAAAGGAUUACCAUCUCUAUCAAAUGGGUUGAAAAGAGGUGAAAGCCAAUACUCUCAUACAAAUGUCUUACUUGCACUGAAAUGGAAGGACAAAAGAGAUGUUUAUAUGCCUUCAACAAUUCAUUCGCCAUCAUAUACAGAUACAAACAAAGUAGACCGGCAAACUGAACAAGUAAUCCGUAAAUCUGUUUGUAUUCUUGAAUAUACUAAAGACAUGGGUGCUAUUGAUCAUACCGAUAUGCAAAUUUCGUUUUCCGAAUGUACAAGAAAAUCAAUAAAACGGUACAAAAAACUUUUUUUUCAUUUAUUAGAUAUGACUAUUUAUAAUGCAUUUAUAAUUUAUAAAAUGCAGAAUAAUAUUUCGCCUCAAUUAUCUGAUUGUCGACUUGAUCUCAUCAGAGAAAGUUUGACGAAGUUCGGACCACAAAGACCAAAUUACUAUUGGAAGGUCAUCAAUAAGACUUUCUCCUCUUCAUCUCACUGCCCGGCAUUUUCCAUCGUUGAUCGCACAAACAUCACAGCUAGCAGAAAAACCUCGACGCAGAUAUGUAGUGUGCACAUCUCAUAG